UAAAUAAACAAAUCAAGAUUUUUAAAUACGGAUAUAAAAAUCAAGCAUGUCGCACGCAGUACUUCGAGGGAUAGCAAAUAAAGCACAGAUAUAUCUUGACGGUAUUUUGGAAACAUUGUUAUUAUCUAAACAUGAGAACGAUAUAAAUAUCAGCUUAUCUGAAAUACUACUACACUGUAUGAACGCAAAUCGAUCUGGGAUUUUCAUGAUAAAUGGCUCCACAAAUGAAUAUAUUAGUAACGAAGAAAUACUCAAAAUGGCAAUACCAAUAGCAAGAGCGUUGAUAACAAAAGGUUAUUCUGGUAAACAUGUCAUGGUGAUAUUAAGAAAUGACCAGUACAUGGCAGCGGUAUACUAUGGUUUAAUAUUCUCUGGAGCCAUCCCCAUAUUAAUCGAUCCUAAUAGUACCGACUAUGAAUUCACACACUUUAACGCUCUAAUUGGCCCGAAGAUAAUAUUCUGUGAACAGAAGAAAGUGGCAGAUAUUACUGAGAUACUUGGGAAAUGUAUUAACAAACCUGAGAUUGUUGUUGCGGAUUGCAAUGCUAUCAAUAAAUUUACUGAAAAUGUAAGUUCCAAUAUAGAUAAGUUUAGAAUUACACAUGUAAACGUUGAAAUACCAGUUUUGAUGUUGCCCACGAGUGGGUCAACUGGUUUGCCCAAAGCUGCGAUACUGUCCCACGGAGCGUUGAUCGCGCAAUUGCCCACUCUGUGGACUCACCAUAGCCGUUUUCCUAGACCGACGAACAUAGCAAUGUUGGUAUCAACCGCGCAAUGGAUGACGCACACUAGUUUAAUGCUCGCCUGUCCCGUGUACCAGACAACAUUGUUGAUGACCCCUACACCAAACAUCGAUUGUCUCCUUAAAAUGAUAAGACAACAUAAGCCAACUUGGGCUCUUCUCGGACCAACGUUUGCGAAUACUUUAGCUACUGCAGCUUCUACCGAUGACUUGGCUUCUUUGGAGACGGUUUUAACAACUGGAGCUAAACCAGGCCCGGAUAUUAUGAAAUCUUUAAAGAGAAAACUACCACAAAAUGUUAACCUCUGCAAUGGCUACGGUACAACUGAAACCCAUGGAUUUAUCACCAUACCAGACAAAGAUACACCUUUUGAAUCUAACGGAAAGAUUUUAAAUAUUUUUGAAUACAAGCUGUGCAACGAAUCUGGUGAGGAAGUGGGACAAAACGAGCAUGGACAGUUAUAUUUGCGGAGCGAAUUAUGUAUGUUACAGGGCUAUUAUAAGAAUAUUAAAGCGUACGAGGAAUGUCUAUCUAACGAUGGCUGGUGGAAAACUGGUGACAUAUUCUACCAAAACAAUGACGGGACAAUGUUCUUUGUUGAAAGACAGAAGUUUUGGUUCAAAUAUCUGAAUUAUCAAAUAUCUCCUGAAGAAUUGGAAGCUGUUAUAGGCAGUGUGGCAGGAGUCAAGGAAUGCGUUGUGGUCGAGACUGACAAAGGCCCCGCGGCUGGUGUUGUUAAGCAGCCAAACUAUGAUAUAUCAGAAAAUGAUAUCAAUAAUAUUGUUAAUUCUACCCUCAGCGAAUAUAAGCGUCUGCGAGGCGGGAUUGCGUUCGUGACGUCACUACCUCGUACACACAGCGGGAAACUGCAUCGGGCUGAUUGUCGUAGUUACAUAAACAAAGUACUGGGAUGUCUUGAAUAAGGGUAUUUAGUUAGCGGUUAGCCGUUAUUUACAACCU